AUGUCUGUCAGAAGAUAUACCUUCACAGUCCACGGCUACGUUCAAGGUGUCUUCUUCCGCAAGUACACCCAGAACUCUGCCAAUGCCCUCUCAAUCUCUGGAUUUGUUCGAAACCUCCCGAAUGGCAAUGUAGGCGGCGAAGCGGAAGGAUCGCCAGACAAACUAGAAGAGUUUCGACAGAAACUUGAGCAAGGAAGUGAUAUGUCUACCGUUCAGAAAGUAGAAUGGGACGAGAUUGAGGCUAGAAAGGAAGAUGAGGGGCAGGGAUACAUGAAAGCUAUGAGCUCGGAGAGGUUUUCGAUUGCAAGAUCACAUCGUUGA